AAGUGGAUGGAGUACGCUUGAAGCAAGAGCCAAGGGUUAUGGGGCACCCGCAAAGCAAAUUUGUGCGAGUCAGAUGUCUGAGGUAUCUAUUGGUGAUAAUGAUAGUUGGAGCAAAUGGGUUCAGGCCAAAAUUGUACUCUGGAAAGAAAAUCUUGGUAAUAUGCUCUCAUUGGUAAUGACGUUACAGAUCAACUAG